ACCGUGAACCGGAAACAGCCUCUAUUACUCGCUUGUUCACUCGAAAUGGCCGCGAACUGUGAGCACAGCGAACUGGCGCGAACAGCUGGCGAAGAGCCAACAGAGACCAGCAGCAUGGGUCCACCUCCUACCUUGUCUGAAGUGAGGAUAGUGCUGGUGGGGAAGACUGGUGUGGGAAAGAGCUCUACUGGAAACACCAUCUUGGGCCAGGAGGCCUUUGAUGUGUCAGAUUCUGCCCAGUCAGUGACCAAGGAGUGUAUGAAGGACAAAGCAGAGGUUGAUGGCUGUAAAGUGUCUGUGGUGGACACUCCUGGUUUAUUUGACACUGACCUGACAGAAACAGCAGUGAUUAACAGACUGGUUGAAUGUAUCACUCUGUCCUGUCCUGGACCACACGUCUUCCUCCUGGUGCUCACAGUGGGUCGCUUCACUCGGGAGGAUCGACAGACGGUGAAGAGACUGCAGUGGAUCUUUGGUGAUAAGGCAUCCAAAUACACCAUCGUUCUCUUCACUGGGGGGGACCGACUAAGAAACAAGACCAUAGAGGAGUAUUUGGCUACAGCAGGAAACGAGCUGAGUCAGGUGGUGGAGACGUGUGGUGGACGCUAUCACAUCUUUAACAAUGAGAACAUGGCAGACCGCACUCAGGUCACUGGACUGAUGGACAAAAUCUCUAAGAUGGUGUCAGAAAAUGGUGGUGGAUGCUACACCAACGAGAUGUAUGAAAGUGUGGAGAGAGCGAUUCAGGAGAGAGAGGAAGAGCUGAGAAGCGAGAUGCAGGAGAGAGAGGAAGAGCUGAGAAAUGAGAUGCAGGAGAGAGAGAAAGAGCUGAGAAGCGAGAUGGAGGAACUGGCUAAGGCUAAAAACAAGGAAAUAGACCAGUUGAGCUCGAGGCUUAGAGAAAUGGUUGUAAGAGACGUAAAGAAGAAGAAAUUUCCACAGUUCAGAAAAGCUGCAGAACAGUGUAAACAGCAGUGAUAGUGACUCUCACUCACACUCUCCUCUCCUCUCUCCAUCCUGUCCUCCUCAUUUCUUACUAAAUCUAUAUUCAGUGGUCCCACCUUUUCAGUUUGUUCUGCACACUGUAGACUAGGGUAAAAUAUGCAUUUUAGGCUAAGGUUUGAACAAUGUGCAUACAGAAAGUAAGAACUAGUGGCUUUUAAAUAUGAGCAUUUCAUCUUUUAGAUUUCAUCAUUUGGAUCUUUAUUCUCGAAAUUUGAGUCAGUGAAGCUUCAGUGAGCUGGAGUGAAGCUGUUUUGUAAAGCUAAGCUACUGCAGUAAAGUGCUACCUACUUCAGCUUUAAAACAUAUCCGACGGUUUAUUAAUAUGAUGUAGAAUAUAAAUUUGACACUUAUCAUUUUAAACAUUUAACACUGUUUAUCUACUUUAACUAUAUUAUUUUGCACAGUCUAAACAUCUCAAACAAGUUAGCUAAAUUAAUGCAGAUAUGUUAUGUAGUGCUUUGCAAGUUUCCCUCCUCCCAUGAACGUCUCAUUUUAUUUUAGUAUACCGGACUGUGGGAGGUUCAAGCUCAUUCGUCAAGCUAUUUUGUAGCGGCCCAUGGUUACGUUUUUUCAGAUGAAACUUGUGUUUUCAGUGAUAAACUCGGCGCUGACGUAACAUAUUUAAUACAAAUAUCAGUGUAUAUAAUCAUAAUAAGCCUCCAAAGACAAGUUAACCAUUUAAAACACACAUUUCUGAGUGCAGGGGCUGUUCAACAGUCUAAUGUAGUUUUGAUGGAGGUGAUGCUACACCUAGUGGUGGGUUACAAAAAAAAAAACAACAACAACAACUGUGUCAUUGAGUGCUUUUACAUGCACUCA